GCGUUCAAACGUGUGUGUAUGUAUGGGUGUUUUCAUUUGGACGCAGGGGUCAGGUCCGGGUUACAUUCCUGUGAAAACUUCAGGGUCUGGCAAGUGCGGGACGUCAUCCGGGGCAUCUCAGCGCUGUGUGGCUACUGUCAAACUCCAGCGAUGGCGCAUCUAUCCUGCCAUGCGAGAAAUGUGCGUUUCUUCCUGUGUGAACACAGCAUUACAUCGCUCCCUGGUGGCCAUCUAGGAGAAUACAGGUUUCAGACACUUUCACAUUUGCUUUAAUCCCCUAAAUCUGUUUUUAUACUCAUUCUGUGGUUGCAACCCUCCUUAGCCCAGAGUCAUAAAACUGAAAAUCAGUUUGAAAAUGAUAUAUUUUCACCACAUUUCAUCUGCAACAUUUGAGCCAACGCGUCAACAUCAGGUAUUAUAAUAUUUUGAAGUGAGAGACUUUCAGGAGAUGCAGCACAAGUUUAUUUCUGACGUUUGGAUGAUACACUUGACAAAUCUCUCUCUUUGUGUGUCUAACUUGUAUUUCUCUGAAAUAAUGAGACUUUCGAAGCUGUAUUCAUUUUAGAACUUUUGGUUGAAACCGCUGUUAGCUGUGCGUCUCAGCGUCCAGGGAGGGGAACCUUGCUCUCCACAGCGCCGCCCUCCCUCUCUCUCAGCCCGGCGUCGUCUUCUCUCAAUGGCGCUCUCAGCAGCCUCCUGACAGCCGCCGAUCAGACGCGCGUUCUCCCGCUGCUCAAACUCGCUGCUUUACCGGCCCCAGACUCGGUUUUUGUCGAUAGCAGUUGUUGUUCCUUAAACAUCCACGGAGCCCUGAGCAGUAUUUGUUGAUUUUGGAGUUUCUUUGAUUUCCCUCGGUGCGUGAAUGGAGUCGUCCCCGCAGGUUUCAGUGAGCGAUCCGGGCAGGAGCGGCUCUGGGCUCGCGACGCCGCUCACAGAGACGCCGGCGAGCCUGGAGACUCUGCGGGACGGAGAACACCUGACAGCGGCCAGGACUAACAUCGGCUCCGGUAAAGCUCAGAUUGAAAUCAUUCCAUGUAAAAUCUGUGGAGACAAAUCUUCGGGCAUUCACUACGGGGUGAUCACCUGCGAGGGCUGUAAGGGUUUCUUCAGAAGGAGUCAGCAGAGUAAUGCCGCCUACUCAUGUCCACGCCAGAAAAACUGUCAGAUCGACCGAACGAGCCGCAACCGCUGCCAGCACUGCCGUCUGCAGAAGUGUCUGGCUGUGGGCAUGUCCCGAGACGCGGUGAAGUUCGGUCGCAUGUCCAAGAAGCAGCGUGACAGUUUGUAUGCCGAGGUUCAGAAACACCGUCUCCAGCAGCAGCAGCAGCAGCAGCAGCUUCAGCAGGGUCCCCUCCUCCUGUCCCACCCCAGUGUCAGCAGCCCGAGCCCAGGAGACGCUGAGACUCUGUCCCCUCACCACGGCCUGUCGUCCAACAACAGCAUCGCAGAGUUUCCUGAUGAGCUGGGCGGAUACAUGGAGCAGAGCUCCCCCGAGGGGAGAUCGGUGUCCUCUAAGGAAGACUCUGGAGGAGGAGGAGGUCCAUUCCUCCUUGCCAUCCAGCCGUCCCCAGACCAAUCGGGACUAGAUAUAAAUGGCAUCAAACUGGAGCCGCUGUGUGACUACGGGUCCAGCAAUGGUUUCCUCCCAUACUGCUCCUUCAGCAACAGAGACACGACGCCCACCGUGUCCAUGGCCGAACUGGAUCACCUGUGCCAGAUAAUCUCGAAGUCUCACCUGGAGACAUGUCAGUUCCUGAGGGAGGAGCUGCAGCACAUGAGCUGGCAGAGCUUCCCGCAGGACGAGGUGGAGAGCUACACGAGCAAGCCGCGGGAAGUGAUGUGGCAGCUCUGUGCCGUGAAGAUCACCGAGGCUAUCCAGUACGUGGUGGAGUUUGCCAAACACAUCGAUGGCUUCAUGGAUCUCUGCCAGAACGACCAGAUCGUCCUGCUGAAAGCGGGCUCUCUGGAGGUUGUCUUUGUGCGGAUGUGUCGCUUAUUCGACUCGCAGAACAACACCGUUUACUUCGAUGGGAAGUUUGCAGGCCCUGACGUUUUUAAAGCACUUGGUUGUGACGACUUGAUCACGUCUGUAUUCGACUUUGCUAAGAGCAUGUGUUCGCUGCACCUGACGGAGGACGAGCUGGCUCUCUUCUCUGCAUUUGUUCUGCUUUCUGCAGACCGGUCGUGGCUGCAGGAGAAGCUGCAGGUGGAGAAGCUGCAGCAGAAAACUCAGCUGGCUCUUCAGCACGUCCUGCAGAAGAACCACAGAGGUGAUGGCAUUCUGAACAAGCUCAGGUGUAAAGUCUCAGCGUUGCGUUCACUGUGCAGUCGACACACAGAGAAACUGUCUGCGUUCAGGUCCGUCUACCCGGACGUUGUCCAGACACACUUCCCUCCUCUUUACAAAGAGCUCUUUGGUGCAGAACUCGAACUGACCCUGCAGGUCGACGACUAAGCGGCGAUUCACCGCAGAACUGACCGGCACCGAGCUGUUGGAUCAGCUGCAGAGGCCUCGAAAGAGUCAAAGUGCUCAUGCACUUUUCCCGGACAGCUGAGGCUUGGAGGAUGGAGACAUGGCGACAUGUCACACGGCCCUGGGUUUGGACGCAGGGAGGAGUCAGGUGGUUUGUCUCCACCUGCAUUAACACACGUCACGCAGCUGAAUCGGAUUCAGCUCGGAUAUUUUAAUGGCCCUUUCAGGAUUAACAGUUACAUUUCCGCACGACUGCUUUUUCUAGACUUCAGCGCAUCCUCUCGCGAUCACGAUCAUUAAAUGGCAUCGUAACAUUCGUUCACACGUGACUUGUCCUGGACGGAUUCCCGCUUAUGUGCGAGACACAACCGCAGGUCUGAACUGGAAGCAGCCAACGCCACAUUCUGCUGGAUAACAUUGGUUUGUUAUUAUUGAGACACAUUUUUGUAGUCACUUCUUUUCAUGAAGUUUCCAUAAAGCAAAUAAGUGAAAGUCAGGCAGUUGUGUCUCAUGGUGAUGUGUCUGCUACCAUUUUAAUAUCAAAUCCUGAGGGUCAGUGUGUGUGUGUGUGUGUGUGUGUGUGUGUGUGUGUGGGGGUGGGUGGGGGGGAGUAGUUGUACAGAUCUAUUUAUGAUUAAUCGUUUGACCUUUGAUCCGCUGUGUUUGUUCGCAGGAGUACGUUUUCAUGAGGAAUCACAGACACCAUACUUAUCUCUUUAUUCUUAAUCUGGCAAAAACAACAUGGUUGUAAAUGUGAACCGGAGUUGAUUUUCGUCUUAGAUCGUGUUUUUAGAAACACUGACCUGGGAGGAGAAGAGAAGAAUCUGCUAGAACGGAAAAAUAAACAUGUUACAUGAUGUGAUAAAUAAAAGAACUGCUCCAUAUGUUCUAUGAUUUCAUUCAUAGUCCACCGCCCAUCUGCACUGUCACCAUUAGCCUGCAGCACCAUCUAGUGGUUACAAUGCAAACUGCAUCUAUUCAGCUGUGUCAUUUUGUUACUGUUUGUUUGCUUGUUGUUGACUCUAAGUCCUAAAUCUAAGACAAAGGAAAAGAUGAUUCAAGUUAAUAGUGAUUUUCAAAUUUUCAUUGCUUAUUUUGAUGCUUUUGUGGUGAGGAUUCAGUUUAGAUGAGGGUGUAACUGAGGACAACAGAGAAAAAGAAAUAAUAUCAGCACCAGGUUUGGUGUAAUCUGUGGUAUUUUAUGAUUUGGCAUCUGGUUUACCUCUGGUUUGGGGUUAGGUUUACUAGGUUAGGUUACUGACAGACUCUUUUCAUCCGAAAACUGGAAUUUGUGUCACUUUAAAACUUCCCCACGGCAGAAUCUGACGACAAACAAGCAGCAGAUUCAUAAUGCAGUUGUAUUAAAUACAGAUUUUGAUUUGAAGUUUGAAUAAAACAAAGAAAGAUGCAGACUUUGAGGUGAUCUCAGAACUAAAAAAAACCUGAUGUCAAAUUUAAUCUCAAAUCUGACGCUGCAUUUCCUGGUUUAAUCUACAACUGAGACUUCCUGUCGUUCACUGUACAAAUUCCAUGCCGUCAUAUAUAAUCACCUUCACACGUGAGGAUAACCGUGCACACUGACCUUUAGCCAUAACUGAAUGUCAAGCAAUAAUGUAAAUGUUGUAUUUUAUCUUUAUUGUGUACAGUUUGGAAAAUAUAGCAUGACAAUGCAGAUUCUAACAAGAUU